AUGGAAGAGAUAAGUAAUUUUGAAAAAGAUAAAGGACAAAACCAACAAGAAAAUAUUUCAUCCAACAUUAUAAAAAGAACAAAAGUAAUAAAAAAUAGUAAACUGAUAAAAAUAACAUCAACUCCAACCCCAUCACCUCCACCGCCACCGCUACCAUCUAUUCCAUUAACAAAUAUAACAAGUGGCGAUAAUUUAGAUAUUAAUAAUAAUAAUAAUAAUAAUAAUAAUAAUAAUAAUAAUAAUAAUAAUAAUAAUAAUAAUAAAAAAAAUAAUAAUAAUAUUGAUAAUAAUAGUAACAUUACAAACGAUAACAAUAAUAAUAUUAUAAAUGAUGAGUCUAAUAAUGGUAACUCACCAACUUUACAAAAUAAUGAAUUAGAAACACCACCUAUUUACCAUAAAAAUGAAUUUUUUGUAAUCUCUGAUAUAGUUCCAAUUGAAACUUCAUCACCAUUACCUUCCCAAUCUUUUUCCACCGAUCAAAUAAAUACAUCAACAAAUACUAAUACUAAUAAUAAUAAUAAUAAUAAUAAUAAUAAUAAUAAUAAUAAUAAUAAUAAUAAUAAUAAUAAUAAUAUCCAAUUAUUAAAUAUACCAAAUACAUCAAAUAAUAAUAAUACAUAUACCAAUACUACCACUGAUAAUAAUAAUAAUAUAAAUAAGCGUAAUGGUGAUAAUAAUUCACCUGGUCAACUAAUUGAAAUACCAAUAUCACCAAUAAGUCUUAGAAAAGAGAGUGAUAAUGUACAAGAAGAUGAAUCAUCUUUAAUUCAAAAUAAAUCAGAAACAAAAGUAGGUGGUGCGGAUGGAAAUGCAUCGUCAUCAUCUUCAAUAUAUAAAAAGAAAGGAUCAGUAAUUAUUAAUCAUAUGGAUGAAUUACCAAGUGGAUCAGAAUUAAAAGAACAUUAUGUUUUAACAAAGAGUGGUGUUGUUAAUUUAAAAGAAGUGUCAUCAGGAAGUCCUCAUAGUUCACCAUUGUCAACUUCGAAACCAUUUAUUCCACCACCAACAACCCAACUAUUUCCAAAAGGUGUUGAUAGUGGUUUAACUAAAAAAGAAUUAAAAAAAGAGAAAAAGAUUGAAAGACAUAUCUUGGAAGCAAUUCAUGAUAUAAAUAAUAAUGAAAUUGCAGGUGAACUUACAACUACAACUACUACAACUACAACAACUCCAAUACCAUUAUCACCAAAUAUCAACUCAUCAACUACUUCACCAAAAGUUGGUAAAACUAAAUAUCAACAGCAUAAUCAUUCCCAUCAAAUCAAUCCAAAUAUUAGUAGUAAUAGUAUUGGUAAAACAAAGAAAAAGAAAAGAAAAAAUAAGAAAAAGAAACAUUUAGAACAUAAAAAGAACUCAUUGGGUGAAACUAUUUAUAAAGGUCAACAAAGUUGGUUACUAAUGCGUACCAUUCAAACUGGUAUAUUAAAUUGUAUUUCAAAGACAUCGCAUGGUAAUAUUAAAGAGGACUCUGAUGAAUUCUUUCAAUCACUUCAUUAUUGUUUACCAGUUAUAGAGGAGCAUCCAAAUAUGACCUUUAAAUUCAAAGAUUAUUGUCCUCAUGCAUUCUCAAGAUUACGUGAUCUAUUUAACAUUGAUCCAAUUAGUUAUGUUCAUUCAAUUUGUAAACCAUGGAAUGAAGUUGUUACACCUGGUAAAAGUGGUAGUAUCUUCUUUUUCACGCAUGACAAUCAAUAUGUAUUAAAAACCAUUCCAAAGAGGGAAGCAAAACUACUAAGAUCCCUACUACCAGAAUAUUAUGAACAUAUGAAAAGAAAUCCAAAUUCAUUACUCACCAAAUUCUUUGGACUUCAUCGUGUUAAACCUCAAAAUGGUAGACAAGUUAGAUUCUUGGUAAUGAAAAAUCUAUUUUGUACACCUAAAGAAAUUACCCAAAGAUUCGAUUUAAAAGGUUCAACAGUAGGUAGAGAAUUGUCAGCCGAAGAAUUAAAAAAAACUUGUCCAACCCUUAAAGAUUUAGACUUUAGAAGAAUUGGUAAAAAAAUACAUUUAGGUCCAGAUAGAAAAAGACUUUUCAUUCAUCAAUUAAGUGAAGAUUGUAAAUUCUUAGUAAAAUUAAAUAUAAUGGAUUAUAGUUUAUUAAUUGGUUUACACAAUAAAGAAGAUUUAAAAAGCAAUCAAUUAUUACCAAUACAACAAUCUGAUAAUAAUAAUAAUAAUAAUAAUAAUAAUAAUAAUAAUAAUAAUAAUAAUAAUAAUAAUAAUAAUAAUAAUAAUAAUAAUAAUAAUAAUAAUAAUAAUAAUCAUAAUAAUAAUAAUAAUAAUUGUAAUUAUAAUAAUAAUAAUAAUAAUAUUCCAAAUGAUCAAUUUGAAAGUGGUGAUAAUUAUUCAACAGGUGAUGAUAGUGAUACGGAAGAGUUUACAUCAGACGAUGAUCCAAAUAAUAGUAGAAACGAGUUGAGAGUUUCAAAGAAAAUUUCAUCAAUAAAGGAAACAAAAAAUUAUUUAAAUCAUUUUGGUACAAAUAAUCAUAUAGCUUCAACAACUACUACCACCACAACUACAACUACUAAUACUAAUAAUAAUCAACAACAACCACCACCUUUACAACAAUCAUCAUCACAAUAUAUGAAACCAGUUGACCAUCCUGUAUUACCACCAGUGUUACCAGAAUCACAAACAUCACCACAUCCAUAUAUUAAACCAAAGAUAUCAAUUUUUGAACAUGAUAAAGGUGGUAUGCAAGGUAUAAAUGAAAAAAGUGAAGCAAUGGGUGAAUAUUAUUUCAUGGGAAUUAUUGAUAUUUUAAUGUUAUACUCUUUUAGAAAACAAAUUGAACAUACAUAUAAAUCAAUAUUUAGUAAAGUAGGGUUUUAA